CUGCGGCUGUCACCGUCGCCUCUGCUUCUGCCUGAUUGAGAAGAUGACCGUAGGGAAGCCUGCGGGAUCUCCCGAGUGCGCCGAGUGGAGCCGUCAGAUAUUUCCCCCCAAAUCCUCCUCAGGCACUGAUCCAGAAGAUGAGCUGUCUGGGGAAGGGCUGGCUUUGCCCAGGGCUGGCAAACUCCAUGAGUUCCUCAGCCCAGAGGAAACAGAUUCUACUUCUGACUCAACUGGGAGCUUUUAUGAGACCCUACAGAUUCUAAAGAGGAAAGGUAGAUGGGGUCUAUUGGAGUCCCUCUUUCAGUCUGACCCAGAGAGUGAAGAGAAUGACUGUGAAGAUGAUAAAGUCCUGGAAAGUUUCUUCCAAAACAAGGGCAGAGGGAAGCCACAGGUCCAGCAUCCUCCAUCUCUGAGGUGUGUUGCCACAAGACGCUGCAGCUCCCUGAGUAGCCUUCCAUCUGAUGUUCCCAGGGCUCAGGCCCAGCCACCCUCAGGCUCUGGACCACCCUCCCAGCACAGAAGUAUCAGCUCCUGGGCAUCCUCCAUCACUGUCCCUCAGCCAUUCCACAUGACACUACGAGAGGCCCAGAAAAAAGCCCAGAGGCUGGCCUCACCUGCCUCGUUUGAACAGGAGAGGCAGCAGGCCCAGCGGCAAGGCCAGGAGGAGGCUGAGUGCCACCGGCAGUUCCGGGCACAACCUGUGCCUGCACACGUCUAUCUGCCUCUCUACCAGGAGAUUAUGGAACACAGUGAGGCUAGGCGGCGGGCAGGGAUCCAAAAGAGGAAGGAAUUACUACUCUCAUCCUUGAAGCCCUUCAGCUUCCUAGAAAAGGAGGAGCAGCGAAAGGAGGCUGCUCGACAGAGAGAUUUGGCUGCUAUAGCUAAGGCCAAAGUCCCCCAAAAGAAGGCCACCAAAAAGAUCCCCAAGUCCAUUCUGGAGCCAGCCCUUGGGGACAAACUCCAGGAAGCUGAGCUCUUCAGGAAAAUUCGCAUCCAGAUGAGGGCCUUCGACAUGCUCCAGAUGGCCUCCUCCCCUUUCACCUCCUCUAGUAGCCGGGCUAACCUGCAGUCCCGCACAGCCACCCGAACCCGGGAUGAAAAACUCAGCUUUCCAACUGACUUUGAGUUCCAGCCAAGGGUGAACCCUGUUGUCCCUGACUAUGACAGCCUAUACAAAGCCUUCCAGAGAAGAGCUGCCAAGAGCAGGGAAACCCGAGAGGCGACUCGCAACAAGCCCUUCUUGCUGAGGACAGCCAACCUGUGUCACACUCCAAGGCCCUGUGAUACUGCCACCAUCGAAGAGAGGAGGGAUUCCCUACAGCCACCAGCCACACCUCUGCCAAGGAGUCGUUCUCUGAGUGGCCUUGCUUCCCUCUCUACCAACACCCUUCCUGUGCACAUCACAGAUGCCACCAGGAAGAGGGAAUCUGCAGUUAAAACUUCACUUGAAAAAAAGGACAAAGCAGAUGACAGUAUUCAGUGGUUGGAGAUGCACAAAAAGAAGUGUCAAGCCAUGUCUAAAUCAGUGACCUUGCGUGCAAAAGCCAUGGAUCCCCAUAAAAGCCUGGAGGAAGUAUUCAAAGCAAAGCUGAGAGAGAACCGGAACAAUGAUCGCAAAAGAGCAAAAGAGUAUAAGAAGGAACUGGAAGAAAUGAGGAAGAGAAUACAGUCAAGGCCCUAUCUCUUUGAACAAGUUACCAAGAACCUUGCCAGGAAAGAAGCAGAACAACGGUAUCGAGACACCCUGAAGCAGGCUGGUCUAGAAGAAGACUUUGUGAGAAACAAGAGUCAAGGAUCCCGACAACAGAAAGAAACCAAAGCCAAGGAUACUCCUAGCAUCCAUGAAACUACAAAACUUGGCAUCAGAGAUCCACAGCAGGAUUUAGAAGAAUCUCUAGAACAUCCUACAAGCCCCAAGAAAGAAUUAGAGGACCUGUAUUAUGAAUCACCAGACAAUCUCAAAUCAAUUCCUUAAUCAGUACACUUAUUACUGCGUUUGAAAAACAUGAAGCAGGUAACUAAGGGUUGAGUCAAGACAGGCAAAACUUGGAUUUUGAGUCCAGGCUACUAUCAAAGAAUGGGAAAAACUAAAAGAUGGCAAAGAUAGUUCAAGAAAAUCAAAGUGGAAAAGCUCAGGAUAGAGGGAUGACAGCCCAGAGUUAAGGGUUCUUGACACUUAAGAGUAGGUAGAGAAAAAGGUAUAUCACAAGCCCAAAUGUCUAACUGGGUUAGUUAGGAAACAUAAAGCAGUCAAAGAGGUAGGUGUAAGAUGAUAGUGGUAAAGACUGGAGAAUAAACCCCGCAGCAAUACAGGCCCAGAACUGCCAGGCCAACCACA